UUAUAAUUAAAUAGUUAAGGUCACAGAGAAAGUGGUUUAAUUUGGGCAAUGUUGAAGAAAAUUUACAUUUAUGAAUGUAAUAUUUUGCCACUAAAAUAACUAAAUUUCCUAUAUAUUCUAUAUUUUGUUUACAAUGUGAAAAAUAACAGAAUAUAUCACACAUAGUUAAAUCAAUGACCAAAUUAAUUAAAAAUACUUUUGCAAGGAAGCAUUAAAUUUCUUCGCAAACCUUCCAUCAAUUGGCCUUUUUGUUCUACACCUUCACCAUUACACUGACUCAGUUGAUUAAGUAAACAAAUUAGAUUUCGAAGCCAAAAAAUUUGACAGAUCGGACCAAAAUUCUUUAACAAGGGGGCAUUUGAAGAAAAGAUCAAUUGACUCAAUACUAGACUUACAAAAAUUACAAUUCAAACUAGUGUUACUAAAUUUAGAAAUAAUUUCAUUAGUGGGGUAUAUAUUGUGCAAAAUUUUUAAAUGUAGUUCUUUAACUUUGACUCAAAUGUUUCUAAACUUAAAACGCCCGUUUGCAUUUGUAUUGCUUUACCACUUACACAAUUAUUUUAAGUAUAUAUCAUUUAUUUACAAUACGCAUGGUUUUUAAUUAUAUUUUUGGGGGGGAACAGCACUCAGAUGGUCCUAACUAGUGUUAACAAGAUUUUAAUAAUCUAUUAGUAAAUGUUGAAAUAAGAUUAGAUUAGAUGGAAAAGAUUAAUAAAUGCUGUAAGUGCAGUUCAUUAUUAGUUCAUGUUAACUAAUGUAGUUAACUAAUGUUAACUAAUGAACCUUACUGUAAACUUACCAAUAAUUGUAAUAUAUUCAUUGAAUUGGGUGCAUCUAAAAGGAGAGUAAACAGUGCGCAAAGUUUCAUGCAAGCUGUUGAGGUGAAUGCAGGUAAAAACAAAUCUCUGCAGUCAGACAGAAAUAAAAUGUUGGCAGAGAUAACAUUAUAUAAGAUGGUGAAUAAUUAAAGUUAUAUGUUAAGCUCGUUGUCGAGCACAUUAAGUGUAUGGUAUUUGUUGUGUUUCUAUUUUUGUAUUCUUUUGUUUAUUUUUGCAUAAGUCUUUUGACAGUUGAGCUGCAUUUCAUGUCUGAUCGGUGUCUUUUCAUGUGUCUCCAGGUAUGAUGUACUAAUGUUUGAACAAGGUUAUGUUUUUCUGUGUUCUAAAAACAAGUAAGAGACUGAGCUCAUUAUGGAAAAGCUGGUUUAUUGCAAGUUAAAUCGGAAGUUUCAUGCAAGCUGUUGAGUUGAAUGUUUUGUGACAGUACAGACAUGAAAUGCAGCUCAUUCGGUGUCUUUUCUUUUUCAAGUGAGUAAACGAAUCAGAGGGGUUACGCUAAACCUCACUCCCCUGAUCUCAAGACGAGAUCUAGCGACCGAUGCUAGAGGCUGCAGUCUUUAGCCUGGUAACACACACACAGACAUUUGGGUUGUAUUGCUCUGGAACAGUGCUGUAAAUAAAUCUUAACCACUGUUUCCUAAUUGCAUCCACUUUCGGAAGGCCAAAUACAGCAAUAACAACCACUCGACAAAAUGGCUACUGACAACUGAAGCCACUCCUCCAUUUGGGCAGCAUUAUACAAAUAUUUCCACUGAGUAACUUAGGUAUGUGAGGGAGAAUUCGAUCGAUGUGUUUUAGCUAGGUCUGGAUCUGCCUUCUCUUUUAGGUGGAAUAAAUAUUUUUUGUGGGAGACUUUGUAACUUUGCACAUCUUAUACAUGCUCAAAUAGCACAAAAUACAUGUACAAUUUUAUUCUUCUUGUUGAAUGAGCUGCUGAAAACACUCUUUAUUUCAUGUCAAUAGUUCCUGUUUUCACCUCAUUUAUUAUGCUGAUGUAUUCAGAUCUGCUGUAAAUUGACACUUAAAGCUAAUUUCAUUGGUGUCAACAGACUGAGGGGAUUUGUUGACUACAAAUAUGUACAUUUAUUUCUGUCAUGAUGCUUUCAACUGUUUUUCUGGCCAUUAUUAAUAUUCGGAAGAAUUUACAUUACAAUUUUUUUCAUUAUUUUAUGUAUUUCUACAUGUCUGCUUAUAAUUUAAUAAAGAAGCAGAAUAAUGUCAGGCUUAGAAAUGAAAUACAUUUGUGAAUUAGCAUCAGUUACUUUACAAUAGACAGAUAUAAAUGCUUAGAUGUGUCAAUUAGUAACAAAACAAACUCAGUAACUGAUAUAUUUGUGAUUUUGGCAGAUCAGCUCCUCCCACAAAAGAAUUCAUCAUCAGUGAAGCCCCUCCCACAACAGUCACAUCCUCGGUGAAGCUCCUCCCACAACAAUCACAUCAUCAGUGAAGCUCCUCCCACAGCAGUUCUCCAAUAAAUGCUGGAAUAUUCCCAUCAGACGAGCAUCAGAGCAUCAGGAAGAGCUGAAAUCUGCAAAGACUGAGUUUAUUAAAGAGGACAGUAAGAACAUGAGUGAUCCAGAACCCUGCAGAAUGAAACACACUGAAGAUACUGAAGAACAAAGAGACCUGAUGGAAGAGAGUGAAGAACUGAGUGAAGUGGAGGAGAAACAUCAUGACAAACCUGGAGAAAAACCUUUGAGUCGCUCAAAGAAUAAAAAGACAUUUUUAAAGAAAAAAAGAGCUAAGAAAUCUUUCACCUGCACUCAGUGUGGAAAGAGUUUCCCAUAUGAGAAACAUCUUGAGAUUCACAUGAGAGUUCAUACUGGAGAAAAACCGUUUACAUGCACUCAGUGCGGGAAGAGUUACAUGCGAUCAUCACACCUUAACAGGCACAUGAUGAUCCACAACGGAGAGAAGCCGUUCACAUGUGAUCAAUGUGGAAAGAGUUUCUCAGAAAAACGAAAUCUUGAAAUUCACACAAGAAUUCAUACCGGAGAGAAUCCGUUCACAUGUAAUCAGUGUGGAAAGAGUUUCUCAGAAAAACGAAAUCUUGAAAUUCACACAAGAAUUCAUACUGGAGAGAAGCCGUUCACAUGUGAUCAGUGUGGGAAAAAAUUUCUUAGAGCAUCAGUCCUGAAGAGACACCUGACAGUUCAUAUGAAGGAGAAGCCACAUUCAUGUUCUGUGUGUGGAAAGAGUUUUUCACAUCCUAAAAAACUGAAAGAACAUCAGAAAAUUCAUACUGAUGUGAGAGAGUACAUGUGCUUUGGGUGUGAGAAGACUUUUACUACAGCACACUGUUUAAAACAGCACCAGAUAAUCCACACUGGAGAGAAACCUUACAAGUGUUCACACUGUGACAAGAGAUUCAAUCGGUCAGGAAGCCUGAAAGCACAUGAGAUGAUCCACACUGGAGAAAAACCUUUCAAGUGUUCGUACUGCAACAAGAGCUUCAGUCUGUCAUCACAUCUGAAAAGACAUGAGACAAUCCACACCGGAGAGAAACCUUACAAGUGUUCCCACUGUGACAAGAGAUUUAAUCUGUCAUCAUGUCUGAAAAGACACGAGAUGAUCCACACUGGAGAGAAGCCACACACAUGUGAUCAGUGUGGAAAGAGUUUUGCUUUUAAAAGCUACCUUAGGCUACACAUGAGGACCCAUGCAGUGCAUAAAAUAUAUCACUGCUAUCUAUGUGGGGAGAAUUUUCCACAGUUAUCUUCUUUAUUCACUCAUACGAAGAACAAUCACAGUCUGAAGUCACGAACUACCAAAAAGCAUCUGGAAGAAGAGGACAGUGGGAACAUGAGUGAUCCAGGACCCUGCAGAAGAGGUAAUGAUUAA